AUGCCCGUUCUCUACUCCUCUCUCCCCUCGGGACCACUCUCGCUUUACUAACCCGCCGUUGUGCUUUCUUUCUUUUUUGCAUCUGCCACCAACGCUCGCUACACGAAACGGGGCCAUAGGAUAGCCAGGAGACUAAUUAAUCGUCGUAUUCCUCUCCACACCUUUUCUCUCGGAACGGGCCUUCACGCGGAUCGCCAUCGUGCUUACAGUCGUUAUCGCCAAAACCCUGGAAAAGCGUUCCCCACGAACAUUUGCGAUAACCUUUUGACCGCGGUCCGACUCUACUGCACGUCAGCUUACCAUCACGAUAUCGACAACUGCACAAUAGAGUCCGAACCAUGGUCCGAGCCGUCCUCUCUGCAGCAAUUGCUGCUGCAGCGUUUGCAGGCUUCGCCAACGCAGCCGGUGCCAAAUGCACAAAGGAUAGCCAUUGCCCAAAAGAAACGCCCUGCUGCUCGCUCUAUGGCGAUUGCGGUGUCGGCGCUUUCUGCCUCGGUGGAUGCGACCCGCUCAUGUCGAAUACCUUUGACUCUUGCGUCCCCGGCCCUGUAUGCAAAUCCGGAACCUAUUCGCUCGGCAACCUUGACGACGUUCAACGAAUUGAAAAAUACCUCGGCGAUGCCUCCAAGAUCAACUGGCAGUCGCAGGGCGACCCUACUCCAUACACUGAUCCCGACACGGGCAAGAAGGCAACGCUCUUGACCAUGGCCCAAGGAUCAAGUGGAACACUGUUGGCAUCUACCCACUAUGUCUGGUACGGCAAGAUCUGCUCCAAGGUCAGCAGUGCACAGGGCAAGGGUGUCGUGACCGCCUUCAUUCUCAUGUCGGACGUCAAAGAUGAAAUCGAUUUUGAGUGGGUUGGUGCUGAUAUCAACAACGUCCAAUCAAACUACUACUCCCAGGGCGUGACAGUCUACACCAACGGCAAAAACUUGACAGUGCCCAAUGGCAAUGCAGUCGAAAAAGAGCACAAAUACUGUAUCGACUGGACAGAAGACACGCUCACUUGGUCCGUUGAUGACAAGGAAUUGCGCAAGCUCCAACGCAGCGAUACAUGGAACAGCACUGCGGGCCGAUUCGACUACCCACAAACUCCUGCGCGCGUCAUGCUCUCCCUCUGGCCCGCCGGUCUCCCUACCAAUGCCAAAGGUACUGUCGAGUGGGCAGGUGGUGAGAUUGACUGGAACAGCCCAUACAUGGUCAACGGUUACUACGCGGCCCGCUUCUCGGAAGUCACAAUCGAGUGCUACGACCCCCCGCCGCAGGCGCAGAUCAAGGGAAAGAAGACAUACAAGUACACGGAUAAGGCUGGAACCAACAACACGGUUGCGAUUACCGACGACGAGGUUAUCCUGGGCUCCCUUAUGGGUACUGGCGAGGAUCCAGGCGAGGCGGUACAGAGCGGGAGCAGCGCCAAACCAUCAGCAUCCGUGGCUAUGGUACCUGGUGGCAACCCUGGAGGCGGCGCGGGACACGACGCUGGUGAGACUGUUGGCCCAACUGCACCGGGUGCCAACGCGCAGCCUACGGACGCAGCGUCGGGAGGUAGUGGCGGAGGCUCAACUGGCGGAGGUGCCUUUGUGCAAGGUGGAAGUAGCACUGGUUCUACGGGCGCUGCGACAACGGUUCAACCGGGUCUCUCUCAUAUGAGUGGCUCCGUGUGUGCCAUUGUCAUUGCUGUUUUGGGACUUUUGGUCUUGUAAUUAUUCCUCUCCCGUUUUGAUACCUUUGUUUAGUACCCCGGCAUUUGAUGUGCCAUGCCAAUUUCUUUUUUUUUGCAAAGCCGCGGACAUGUUUCUUUUUUACCGAUGCAUGACCAUUUUUUUUGCUUGCUUCUUUUGGGUGACUCAAGAAGCUUGCAGCUGGUACCUGGCUAAUGUUUUUCUUUUUCUUUACUGGUUUCACUCAUUCCUUGGGCACUUGAACACCCCCCUUGUUUCCCUCCGACUUUGCACAUGAGGAUAAAAGUGGCAAUGGUUGGUGAUAAGACAGGUGAAUCAAACCGCGGAGAAUUGAAUAUCAUAUCAAUUAGAAGACUCUUGUGUCACGUUGUGGUCAGCAAAUUACCAUAUGUUCUUUU